AUGGAAGGAUUUUCGUCGCUGUGGAAGGAAGUUUCACCUUAUGAAUUUUUCGCCCGUCCUUUGGAAAUAAAACAGAGAGCGGCAACAGAUCCUAGAGCGCACGGUGGCGCCGAUCAGCUAUCAGCUGGAGACUACGUAAGCACACUGAACGAGAUGGAGGAUGCGAUGAUUACUGCAAACGAUGAAUUUCGGUGUUUUGCAGCGGAUCUGGACGCUUUUUAUAUUCAUCCAGAGAACCGACGAGAGAUUGAACCUUCCCAAGUGAUCGCUUCAAUGGAGAAGGGCGAGCGUCUAUAUUGCAUAAUUGAUGUGGACAAUGAUUUCGCGGCUUGCACUGGACGCUGGCAGAGAGCAGAAAUUUUAGGCAUAAAGGUUAUAUUUAUAUCAGACGUUCGACGUACGGCAAAUAAUGAGUCACAAAAGUGUCACAUUGGGAAAGCAGUUGAUUAG